AUGGAGGGGAUGGCUAAGGUAUGCCAGCUGGACAUACUGCUGGUGUACGAGGUUGUGCUGGAUGAGGUCAUGCAGUUCAUGUUCCCCAUCAAUACGCUCAGGAACAUGGCGCUGCUGCAGUCGCGCACCGAGCUGGUGUCCAUGGUGGACGUCGAUCUGCUGGUCAGUAACAGCCUGUUUGAGUGGGUGCAAGACAAGAACAACUACGAGCUGCUGCGCCAGGGCACCCAGAGCAAGCAGGUGUUCGUGCUGCCCGCCUUUGAGACCGCCCCCCAGCGGAACCAGACCAAGGCGCACCACCUGGCGGACGCCGCGUCGGGCAUGCCCAAGGCUGAGCUGGUCGGGCUCGUGCAGAAGCGGCUGGUGUACCAGUUUGCGGUGUUCCUGUUCUGGCAGGGGCACAACUCUACGGACUACAAGAGGUGGUACACCAGCGACACGCCUUACCCGAUAGAGUGGCACGACGGCUACGAGCCCUGGUUCAUCAUCGACCGGCGCCUCAACCCCUUCUACGACCAGUCUUUCCGGGGGUACGGCUGGAACAAGGUCACGCAUGUCGCCAACAUCCUUGCGCAGAAGUGA